AAAAUAACUUAACUUUCUAAACAAUUCAUACAGAUACACUUACAGGUGGAGGUACUAGAUGUAGAAAAUUCGAUCCUAUUGAGUUAGGAGGUAGUUUUGACAUGAACAGAGUACUAAGGUGAAAUUGACGACGAGUCACAGCAUCAAUAUUUGAAUGUUAUGAGUUUACAACACAGUUCCAGUUGGUCUUAGCCCCACGUGACUUCCUUCUGUUUCAACUUCAUAUAGAGACAGUAAAAUGUCGGCUUCGUCUUCCACCAGUUUCCCGGUAAAACAGAUGGAUGUGCAAUCAUCCCACUCGCCGGCGUCCUCUUCCACCAGCCCGUUAGGUGGGCGUUCCUUUCUGACUGAACUGUCGGACCCUUCCGUGAGGUGGGACGCGGAAGCGCCUCCGCCGAUUCCACAACUAGAGCAAUGGUUACGAGCUAUGCGACACGAGUUCUCGCGAUUAGAUCAAGGUGCAGCGGAGCAUGGACAAAUACAGCAGCGGUGGAAGAUCGUGAGCCAGCGCGUGGCCGAGUGCAUCGAGACACAAAAACGAGCAGCGCUACUUGGCGGACGCAAGAGCGACGAUGCUGAUGUUGCGGGCUCCUCUACCGAUCAGCGAAAAAAGGCUGGUGGUGGGGCGGAAAUGAGCGAGCGGGAUGAACUUGCGCAACUUCGCAUGAAGACGUUUGCUACGACAGAGCAGAUGGAAGCGACAAGGGCGCAACUAGAGAAACAAGCAGAGAAGCUGUCGGAUAUGGAAGAACUGUUUUCAAACUUUGAAUUCUCACUUCAAGGUGCUGGGCGCGCUAUGCAAGCGUUGAAAGCAAAAUCCGCGGCGGAUGCACGCUACGUCUGGGCUUCAUUUUACUUCCUAGUGGCGGUCAGCGUUCACAUCAUUCUGCGACGACUGAAACUCUACUACGUUGGCUACCUCUUGCUGUUUUCAGUUUUCCAGCCUUUUUCAGAGGCGGCGUGGGAGCUCAUAGCGUUUCUGGCGACACAAGUCGGGCUUGAGGAAAGCCUCUACAUGCUUUGGGAUGCCUUGGUGUCCGCUGUUUUUGGAACUGAACUCGGUGCCGGUGCCGGACUCCCAGGCAAUAGAGCAGCUGGAGUUGCAGGUGACCCGACAGGAAAACUGAAACUCCCGAAUCGUGCGCAUGGAAACUUUGGGGAACUAUGAUGAAGUCUCGAAGGUACCCCUACUCUUUACCUACCACGCACCUCGCGUGAGCGAGAACCUGAAAAACUUCGACCCUUUCUCCAGCCCAUCUCAAUUAUCUACUUAGAUGUUCCUUUACAACAUUCGCCUCCAAGGCUGUGAAUAU